AUGGACUUGCAAUCAUUGCUACGGGAGUGCGAAAGUUUACCAUCGAAUGGAGUGCAAAUUCAGAAGACGUCACAAAAAAACAUUGGAUCAAUAUUGAAGGCUUACGAAACGAAAGUGAGAAAACUAGAUACAUAUUUCCAAAAGUAGUAAUGUUUCCCGUUUCAGUUCAAGAUCUUCCAUAUUCUUGGAAUUUCUACCGAUGGCAUUCUGAAGAAGAUUCAUUUUAUUUUAAUGAGCGAACUCAAUAUUGACAUUGGUAUUGCAUGAAUUGUUAAAAAAUGAGUCAUGUUUAGUUUUCAGAAGACUAUUACGAGCACGAUUUUGACUCCUUUAGAAUGAUCGUGGCAGCCUUUUUCGGAAGGGAACAUGCCUAUGAAAUAGAAAAGGCUGACUUAGAACAGUUAGAAAAGACUGCUGACUUAAGCCGGUAAAGAAGGACUUAGGAACACAAAAAUUUAAACGAAUUCAUUUCAGUGUGCCAGAGAGAGAUUUCCUCUCGGAUUGCCAUUACCCACUGCACACCAUAAUGGUCAUGUGCUUCGUCGCGCACUCAAUGCAAACCCUCCUUCUGACACAUGAUUUCGGGCAAGUGAAGAAUGAGAAAUAUGAAAAGUUGAAAGAGUGAGACCUUUCAUUUCUGUGAUACUAGCUAGACAUGUGAAAUGUUUCAGUCAUCUACAAGAUCUCGCGUGCAGUGUCAUCAAUGACCUGUACUUAAUAGAUGACAUUGGACCCCAGAAAGCGACAUCUGCGUUGCAAGUCGACUACAAAGAAAAGUAUCCAAAGCAGGAUGAAUCCAAGGAAAGCUACGAAAGUUAUCUGAACAGAAAAUUCGGUCAGAGUAAAGAGAUAAUGGCCGUUGCGUACAAGGCAAAGGCUAUGGUGAGCAGUCAACUGGAAGCCAUGGAUCAACAGAAGAUUUCAGAAGUUUCUGUCGCAGAAGUCUUGCUUGAAGCUGAUGAGAACUCGGAGUAAAUGCAAUAAUAGAGACACCAGCAGUUGUGAGGAUAAGAUCGAGCACAAGACACGCCCGAAGAAAAGCGAAACGGCGACGAACUCAUCGCAAAAAGAAGGAGUUCCAGCAGAAGGUUCGAAGGAGAAGAAAAAAAGAUGGAGACUGAGUAUGAGAUACAAAUUGUACCUCCAUGCGGUAACACAAAGAGUAGGAUCUUAGCAAAACUUUGUGUUUACAGUUCUUCCGUGGAUUAUACAUACUCGCGUUCGCCACAAUGCUUUGCCGUUAUCCGACUUAUGACGAUUAUGACACUCUGAAAGUUUACGAAUACUUUCCAUUCUUCUACGUUUUGGCAGUUUUGAUCGCCCAAAUAUUCAUGACAUUUGUGAAGGUUACUGACUAUUUGGUGAGCGCAAAGUUGACAGGUUUCAUAGUAAUCAAAUGUUUUGUCUUCAGUUUUACCGAUUGGGUAUGGAAGGUACAAAGUGGCGUGAAGUGAAAAAAUGGACGCCCCAACUGAACCGAUACUUCCACUUCAACAAGUUGGCUUUCUACCGACUGUUCAUGAUUAUGUUCGUGAUUGUUUUCGAAUCGAUCCGAUUCUAUUGUUUCAUCAAGAAAGGUGACGGAGUGCGCGAUGUAAAAUUCUGGUACAGUUUCUGGACAGUCAUCCCGAUCUCACUGGAACUUCUCUAUUGUACUCUCUUUGCCAUCGCCACCGUCUCUUCGCUCCGAUUCUUCCACUUUGUUCCUUCGUUGGGAUUCUUUGUUCAUCUAUUCAAGAAAAUGGUGCGAGGAAAGCCAUCGAGAUCAAACAUACAUAUGGGUUUUUUCAGUGGAGAACAGUCGGGAUGUUCGUCCUCCUCUUCAGCACUUUUUGGUUUGUUCUCGCAGUGAUCCACGUGAGUAUUUCAAGUGAGACCCCCAAAUAGUUCGAUCACAAAUGGAUGCCCAUUCAGGAACGUUCCUCCACACCAAGAACACGGUCGUCUACACAGUUGUCUCGGAGGGAAAAUUCGAAGUUUUCGGCGAAGUGAGGGACCAGGACCGGAACGGAGAGCUCGUUAACUGCGAUCAAUUCAAUAGGACUGUCCUCGACUUUCUGGACAUGCACUACGCGGAAGCGAGUUGUCUUUUCCGUAGCACAGUUCUCCCUUUCCUCGUCUUCGUUUACGUCUUCGUUUCCGGUAUUCUGCUAGUCAACCUGCUCACUGCUCAACUCACGUGAGUCGUUUUUCCAACUGUAAUCACUACUGAUGAUAUUGUUCAGAAAAGAAUAUGAGAAGGAAUCGGAGAAGAGUCGAUAUUACACGGGAUAUCUGAAAUACGAACAACUUUCAAAGUGGGUUCCUCCCGUCCGAAUCGAAAACAAAUAGCAUUGUUGCCUGUUUCAGAAUCGAAUCGAAGCUCUACCUACCGCCCCCGCUCUCCAUUCUCUACGUUUUCGCUCGAUUACUCGGUUUGCUGAGUGGUUGCAUUUACGGAAUAGUCGAAAAUAUCGAAGGAUACGCGUGGGGAGUAGUCAGACCUCGGCAAGAAUCGGACGACGGAGAGGAGGAGAUCAGACGGUUCCUGAGGAAGACUCCGGGCGACGUGUGGGAGGGACUGAAGGAAAUCGUCAACGAAUGUGAUCGAUUGGAAGCGAACUCGGACAAUAUCGGGAAGGCGAUGAAGGAUAUCGACGAAUAUUUGAAGUGCAGGCAGAAGAAGGAGGACGAACGGGUCACCACGCAGGCAAGAUCCAGGGUUCAGUCGAGAUCAGACUUUGCAGAAGGAAACUAUCAAACGAAUCCAGUGAUUUCCAUAGACGACCCGAUUCCAUCAGACGAGGAUUCGACGACCUUAUUCGACGAGGAUCUGAAAACGGACAUUCCAAUUUAA